UCAGACAAGUUUCAACUCAAAAUGACAAUAUUGAAAUAUUCAGACAUUUAUUUUUCUAAUCUCUUCCUUCUCAACCACUGGCUUUUGUUUAAUGGAGUCAUUGUUGCAAAAACAUAUAUCAAAAAACUGUAUUCAUCUGGAGAACUGAUAUUGCCUGGAAGACAAAGCUCAUUGAAAAAUGAGAAUCAAUGAAAAAGUCCUUCUACAAAAUUUUUUCAAAUCAAUAAUCAAACUACUGAAUUCACACACACACACACACAAUUUCCUAAUAGCAGCACCCAGAUAGCCUUACUUUCCAGUUGUUUGCUGUCUGCAAUGUCUGCCAUUUAAUCGCAAAAGCAAGAUGAAUGAGAGUGUUGUAACUGAGUUCGUGAUUCUGGGCCUCACUCAAAACCCUGAACUCCAGCAAGUUCUCUUCAUUGUCUUUCUUUUCGUCUACCUUGUGGCUUUUCUUGGCAACGCGCUGAUUGUCAUUGCCAUAAUCUCCAACACCACCUUGCACACACCCAUGUACCUCUUCCUCCUGGCUCUGGCUGUUGUGGACGUCAUCUGCACAACAAGUGUAAUACCAAAAAUGCUUGAGACCAUGCUCACCUCAAGAAAGACCAUGUCAUAUGGAGGCUGCAUGCCCCAACUCUUCUUCUUCACAUGGUCCCUGGGUGCCGAGAUGGUUCUCUUCACCGCCAUGGCCUAUGACCGCUACGUGGCCAUCUGCUUCCCUCUUCGCUACAGUGCUAUUAUGAACCACCAGAUGUGCGUGGCCUUGCUCAGCACUGUCAUGGUUAUUACUGUAACCAAUUCCUGGGUGCACACAGGUCUCAUCCUGAGGCUGACCUUCUGUGGAUCAAAUACCAUUGACCACUUCUUCUGUGAGAUACCCCCGCUGCUGGCUUUGUCCUGCAACCCUGUGUGAAUCAAUGAAGGGAUGGUGUAUGUUGCUGACCUCACUCUGGCUGUGGGCAACUUCACCCUCACCUGCGUCUCCUACGGUUUCAUCAUCGUCGCCAUUCUUCGCAUUCGCACAAUGGAAGGCAAGAGAAAAGCCUUCUCAACAUGCUCAUCCCACCUCAUACUGGUGUCUCUUUUCUACUCCCCUGUCACCUACACCUAUAUUCGCCCUGCUUCCAGCUACACAUUUGAAAGGGACGAGGUGGUAGCUGCGCUCUAUACCCUCAUGACCCCCAUAAACCCGAUUGUGUACAGUUUCCGGAACAAGGACAUGCAAGCAGGGAUCAGGAAAGUAUUUGCAUCUCUGAAACGUGAUGUAAUACCAAAAAUGCUUGAGACCAUGCUCACCUCAAGAAAGACCAUGUCAUAUGGAGGCUACAUGUCCCAACUCUUCUUCUUCACAUGGUCCCUGGGUGCCGAGAUGGUUCUCUUCACCGCCAUGGCCUAUGACCGCUACGUGGCCAUCUGCUUCCCUCUUCGCUACAGUGCUAUUAUGAACCAUCAGAUGUGCGCGGCCUUGUUCAGCACUGUCAUGGUUAUUGCUGUAACCAAUUCCUGGGUGCACACAUGUCUCAUCCUGAGGCUGACCUUCUGUGGAUCAAAUACCAUUGACCACUUCUUCUGUGAGAUACCCCCGCUGCUGGCUUUGUCCUGCAGCCCCGUGAGAAUCAAUGAAGGGAUGGUGUAUGUUGCUGAGCUCACUCUGGCUGUGGGCGACUUCACCCUCACCUGCGUCUCCUACGGUUUCAUCAUCGUCGCCAUUCUUCGCAUUCGCACAACGGAAGGCAAGAGAAAAGCCUUCUCAACAUGCUCAUCCCACCUCAUACUGGUGUCUCUUUUCUACUCCCCUGUCAUCUACACCUAUAUUUGCCCUGCUUCCAGCUACACAUUUGAAAGGGACAAGGUGGUAGCUGCGCUCUAUACCCUCGUGACCCCCAUAAACCCGAUUGUGUACAGUUUCCGGAACAAGGACUUGCAAGCAGGGAUCAGGAAAGUAUUUGCAUCUCUGAAAC